UGAAAAGAAACAUGCCCUCCAGUACUACUGCCACCCAGAUGCCAUCUAUCAAGACUAUAGUUUCUGUUGCCGCCUCAGCAGCUGCCGCGGCGAUGUUUGUUCCAACACUUGCACGUGACUAUUUGCCUCACGAGGUACGAGAUUACUUGUUCUUCAAAGUUAGAGAUUUCAUUGCACGCUUCUCUAAUGAGUUUACUUUAGUCAUUGAAGAAUCUGAUGAUGGCUUUAAUCUAAACAAACUCUUUAAAGCGGCAAAGUUUUAUCUUGAAUCGAAGAUUCCCCCUCAUGUGAGGAGAAUCAAAAUCAACCUGCCAAAAAAGGAGACCAAAAUUUCACUCUCAAUGGAAAAGAAUGAAGAGAUUGUUGAUAAAUUUAAUGGGGUUCAUUUGACAUGGAGAUUUAUAUCAAAGCAAGCCCCAUCAAAGGUUGUCCGUGACCCACACCAUUACGGGCCUACGGUUCAAAAUGAAGUCAAGUUUUUUGAGCUGAGUUUUCACAAGAAACAUAAAGAUAUGAUCUUGGAGAAUUAUAUUCCUCAUAUUUUGAAGAAAUCUACAGAAAUGAUCGAGGAAGAGAAGACUUUGAAGCUUCAUACUUUGAAACAUGAUCGGAUGCAUGGGAUGGAUGUGUGGCAAUCAGUGAAUCUUGACCAUCCAGCAACUUUUGAUACUUUGGCAAUGGACUUGAAUAUAAAAAAAAGGAUAAUGGAGGAUCUAGAGAGGUUUGUGAAGAGGAGAGAGUUUUAUAAGAGAGUGGGGAAGGCAUGGAAAAGAGGAUACUUGUUGUUUGGUCCGCCCGGUACUGGGAAAUCAAGCUUGAUUGCGGCAAUGGCAAAUUAUCUCAAGUUUGACAUCUAUGACUUGGAGUUGACUAGUCUUAGGGGGAAUAGUGAGUUAAGGAGGCUGUUAAUUACCACGGAGAAUAAGUCCAUCCUCGUUGUAGAGGACAUUGAUUGUUCAAUUAGCCUUGCAGAGGCAAGGGCUACUUCAACGAAUUCGGUAAUGAAUCCUAAUCACCCUCCACAUGGAUUUAAUCUAGUAAAUCAGUAUCAGGUGACAUUAUCAGGACUGUUAAAUUUCCUAGAUGGAUUGUGGUCAAGCUGUGGAGAUGAGAGGAUCAUAGUGUUCACAACCAAUCACAAACACAAACUUGACCCUGCAUUGUUGCGCCCUGGUCGCAUGGAUGUGCAUUUUCUCAUAACUGAACUUGGUAGUGAAGAAUUAGAAACUGAUAGUGAAUGUGAUACUGAAACUGUGAUAACUGGAACUGGCACAGUGAACUGGAACUGGAACCAGGUUUCUCUGUUUGUGUUUGUUAAUGCUAUUUAUGAAUAUGUGAAGCCAGUGUUGAGGAACUGGCUCUUUUCAGCUAAGUACCAUCUCUUAAUUCCCAUCCUGUGCCUUGUGGCUUGUCAAUAUGAUCAACCUAGUGUUUAA